CAGAAAUGCAGGGUAAGACUGCGUACGAUAAACUCUUGUGGUCCGGCCCUUCCCUAGACCGCAUAGCGGGAGCUUAAUGUACCAGGCUGCUUUUUUAGUAUGUUUAAAGCAUUUAAAUUAGUAAGAUUAUUUCACGGCAAUGCGCUUUCUUUCAUUGGAGGCCAUGGUGUAUUCCAGCAGGUCAAUUCUUCACCAAACAGCAAUAUUCUUCUGUCGUCCGUUUCCAGAAAAAGUAGUAGCUGUCACCUCCUUUUCUGUCGUGGUUUCUUCACUAGAUCUAAGAAGAUAAAGACCGUUGAUUUUGAUGAUCAUGGUCAGCGAGCUGUCGCAACAGCUUUAAGGUGCAAUUUUCUUGUUCUUUCCCUAAAGCUUGGGGUCUGGUUAGCCACCUCCAGUCACGUCAUGCUGGCUGAAGCUCUGCAUUCAGUUGCGGAUAUUGCAAAUCAGGUGCUUCUUGCAUAUGGUUUAAAUAGCUCUAAACGUGCGCCAGAUUCAACCCAUCCAUAUGGUUACUUUAGGGAACGUUUUGUCUGGUCGUUGAUAUCUGCAGUUGGCAUCUUUUGCCUUGGUUCUGGUACUACAAUUGUUAACGGAUUUCAAAACCUGUGGACUUCUCAACCCCCUGAACAUCUAGAAUACGCAGCUGUGGUGAUUGGUGGAUCGUUAAUUUUAGAGGGUGUUUCGCUUGUAGUGGCAAUACAAUCUGUGAGAAACGGCGCUGCUGCAGAAGGAAUGAAAGUGAGAGAGUAUAUUUGGCGUGGUCAUGAUCCUACAGCUGUGGCUGUUAUGACUGAGGAUGGUGCUUCAGUUGCAGGCCUCGUCAUUGUGGGUGCAUCCUUGGUUGCAGUGAAUGUCACAGGAAAUCCAAUUUAUGAUCCAAUUGGUUCCAUUGUUGUGGACAACCUUCUUGGAAUGGUUGCUGUAUUCUUGAUUCAGAGAAAUCGCCAUGCUUUAAUUGGUAGAGCAAUUGAUGACAAAGACAUGAAAAAGGUUCUUCAGUUUUUGGAAAAUGAUCCAGUUGUUGAUUCUGUUUAUGAUUGCAAAAGUGAGGUGAUUGGACCUGGGUUCUUUACGUUUAAGGCUGAGAUAGAUUUCAAUGGUGUGGUGCUGGUACAAAAUUAUCUCGACAGAGCCGGGCGCCACGAGUGGGCUAAACAGCUUCGAGAGGCUUCAAAGCAGAAGGAUGAUGCAGCGAUAUUGCAAGUCAUGUCACAUUAUGGUGAAGAAGUUGUGACAGCACUAGGGAGUGAAGUUGAUUGGCUAGAACAGGAAAUCCAGGAAAUAGUUCCCGGUAUUAAGCAUGUAGACAUUGAGGCACAUAGUUCACUUAACCCUUGAGCAUGUUAUCAAAUGUGUGUAAUGACCCAACCAGUCAUUUUCACUUUUAGAACCCCGUUCCCUAAAAUAAAACUUUUCGUAUG